CUCUCUCUGUCUCUCUCUAUCGCUCCGUGCUUUUCUCUCAAAAAAGAAACACACUCUUCCCACUGAAUUCCUCUCUCUCUUCGCAUUCCCGAGUUCGAGCUCGGCAAUGCUCGAUCUCAUCAUUGGCUGAGGCUUCUUCUUUCUCGUUUCGAUUUCCUUCGUUUUUUGGUUUGGCACUGCUCGGAGGAUCGCUGAGGGAGUCGCUUCUUUGAGUAGCAGCGAAGAUGAUGGAAGCAAUGGAGAGUUCGAUCAACGGUGGGUUCUCGCAGCUGCAGAGCUACGGCGACAGCAGCGAGGAGGAGCUCUCCGUCCUGCCGCGUCACACCAAGGUUGUCGUCACCGGGAACAACCGCACCAAGUCCGUCCUCGUCGGCCUCCAGGGCGUGGUCAAGAAGGCCGUCGGCCUCGGGGGUUGGCAUUGGCUGGUUCUAACAAAUGGCAUAGAAGUCAAGCUACAGAGGAAUGCCCUCAGCGUGAUUGAAGCUCCUACUGGUAAUGAGGAAGAUGAUGAUCUGGACUAUGAGAAUGGGCAUUGGAAUGCGUCGGACAUGACAUCCGAUGACACUCAAAAGUCCCACAGAUCAAGGCAUCGAGUGCACAAAUCAUCUGGAUCAUACCACAAGACCAUGAGCAGGACUCAUUCUUGUGAUUCACAAUCUAAGGGAUCAAUUUCUACUCGUGGGUCCAUGAAAGUUGACCUCAGGAAAUUGGAGAUGGCUGCUUUAUGGAGAUAUUGGCGCCAUUUCAAUCUCGUGGAUGCUGUACCCAACCCAUCGAAAGAGCAACUCAUUGAUGUUGUUCAAAGACAUUUCAUGUCUCAGGAAAUGGACGAGUUGCAGGUCAUUGUGGGUUUCGUUCAGGCCGCAAAGAAACUGAAGACUGUCUGCAAGUGACUGGGGAGAUGAUUGCAAGAUCCUAGCCUAACGUAUUCACGCUAACCGAGAGCUAUUUACAGGACUCCUCUUCCCUUUGUGUAGCGAAUUCUGUAAUAGAUAUGUAUCAGUCUAUGGACCGGCUUUCCCUGCCUUGCUUAGUCAUGGGCUAUAUCUAAAGAUAUAGAGGGUACUUUUUGGGAGCGUUAGAGACCGUGAUGUAGAUAUAUGGUGAACGAUAAGUAGGCAACCUAGAAUUGUACUUCUGCGUCCGACUAGAAGGAACUAUUGCUGACGAGGGAAGUUGGUGGUAUCUUUGUCAAUGUAUAUAUGCGACCUGUAUUUUGUCUAAA